UGUGACGAGUAGCUAAACGAAACGUUAAAUUAAACAAAGGAAAUGAGUUCAUGAAAAUCGUUAACUGUUCUUCUUAUCUAUGGUGAAGGUUGCCGCAUCCGAAGCUGCGCUCAAGUGGAAAGCGAUUUUCACCUUGACCAUGAAGCUACCUUUCGCAUACGAUCAGCGUGCGAACAGGAAGGGAAUUCGUUGUUGUUGUACGUUAGACAGAUGAGCGUAUAUUGACGCUUUUAUUGACGUAAUUAAACCGGGCCAAGCCAUUGUGCUAGCGCUAUUCGCGAUAAGCGCACGCGGGAUGCUGAUUUGCCGCAUAAACGGGUCGACGCAUAUUCCUGAGCAAUGUAUGUGAUACAGUUUUUCAAAUUACUCUCGGUACUCUGUGUACUGGCGGGACUAGCUAACAGUGUCGAACGUAGAAAAGUGAUCGUCAGUGUGGAUGCGGGGGCGGACGAUGCGUGGGCGCUCUUCUAUCUGCUGCAGGCCGUCGACGAGGUGGAUGUGCUGGCGAUUAGCUGCUCGCAUGGGAACACCAACGUAACGAACGUGGCGACGAAUGUGUUGCGAGUGCUUGAGGCACUGCAGCGUACCGAUGUGCCGCUGUACAUAGGUUCCAAAGAGCCGAUCUUGCGACCAGAUCGUCGAACGAACUUCGGUACACCGUAUUUCGGAACGGACGGUUUCUCGGAUGUGCCGUUCGAGCGGGAACCUAACCGCGCUCCGCUGCGGGACGGCCAUACGCUGCAGCAGCUGUACGGGUUGAUCGCUGAGCAUCCGAAUGAGGUGACAUUCGUCAAUCUCGGACCAUUGACGGACUUGGCGCUACUGUUGAAGAUCUAUCCGGAGGCGCGCCUGCUGCUCAAAGCCGUCUUCUUGAUGGGUGGUAAUCGGCACGGCGUCGGUAACACGGAGCAGGCGGCCGAGUUUAACUUUUACAAGGAUCCGGAGGCUGCCAGCAUCGUGAUGCAGACGUUCGCCGGCGCGAUCACCAUCCUGCCGUGGGAGACCGCUUUACGAUCCAACCUGGUAACCACCGUGGACUGGCGUAUGGAUGUGCUGGGGGCUAGCAGCAAACCAAUCGUCGCGCUGCUGAACCGGGUGGAGCGGGCGGCACUGGAGCGUCUCCCACCAGCCGAGCGUACCUGGAUGCCGUGCGACCUGCUGGUGGCAAUGGCCCUGGUGUCACCGCACCUGGUCACCGAAAGCAAGCAAUACGAGGGAGAUGUGGAGCUGAGCGGUCGCUUGACCCGCGGCCAGCUGGUACUGGAUCAUGGCAAUGAGGGCAGCGGACCGAUAACGAUCAUCGAUAAUCUGGACGAUACGAAGGUGUGGGAGUUGCUGCUGAAGCUACGCUAAUCGCCGUCCUUGCUGGAACAUUCCGGGUGUGAGUCCAUCAUUACCAUCAUCAGCUGUCAGUUGAGAACGGUUAACACCAAGCUUUAAAGCCCAUAUAAUAUAAUUAUAUUGCUCCGCUAAGGCAAGGCAUAUUGUGAAACACGCA